UUUAUGUUUGUAACAACUUUCAUGUCAAGAAAAACAGUUGCUCAGAUUUCAGAGAAAUGUUUGGAAAUUGUUUUAAAAUUUUAUGGUUUCUUUCCAUAACCAUCAAAGGAUUUAAAAGUUUGGAAUUUAAGAACGUUUCUCAGUCAUCGGUUUUUGAUAAAACACAAGUAGACAAGGUUUUAUGGGCAGAGAAAGCCAUUGACGGAGACCCAUAUACAUUUACACGAACAGGAGACGGGAAUCAUAAUUACUGGGAGGUUGUGUUUCAUGCAGAAAGGAACAUAUCUUGUUUUACAAUAAUUGCCAAAGAGGGUAAAUAUUUAAUCCUUGUUAAUUCAACUGAUAUCGCCUUCGAUGAAAUUUGCGACGAAUUUAUCAAUAGUGGUACUAAAAAGGUAAACGUCAGCAGAUGUUGUCACAGACAACUAACAGGAGAUACGUUUACCAUAAUCCGUACAGACAGUGGACCAUUACUUUUGUACGAAGUGUUCCUAUCAGAUUGUCCUGUGGGUUAUUAUGGUAACAACUGUUCUAAAUGCAGUAAUUCUUGUCAGACCUGUGACUCUACAAAAGGCAAAUGUUUAAGCUGUGUCGACCCUUCCAAAUGUGGGGAUUACUGUUACAAGCCGUGCCAGUCGAAGUUUUCCAAUACUGAAUUUGAUGUCAAAGCCGGAAUCUGUAGCUCCUGUGUUCUUGAAAGUAUAUUAAACAUACAAAUCUGUGAAGAUUAUGGAACAAGCCUCAGCGAACAAAACUGUAGCUGGUCGUGUCGUCAGACAUGUACGGAAAUAAAUAAUUGUAAUGGAGAUUUAAACGCGGUGGAAAGUUUUCAAGCACCUGGUUCUUUGUUAUGCAAUAUUGAGUGUGAAGGACUUCGUACAAAUUGUAUCGUUUGUGCUACAAACAAAAGCGACAACGCACAUGGAUGUUUAAAAAAUGAUUUUUUACCUAUCUCGGAAGAUUGGAACAUUUUGUCAGCGAAUCUGAAAUGUUUUGCAAAAAAUGUGACCAUCUAUUGUAAAAACAGGACUUCUUUGGCAACAAAAGAUUUUGCCAGAAGAAUGUCUUCCAAUGGUACAAGUCCGGAUACAGAUAAAGCAGGCAUGGAAACGGGAACGCUGUUACUUCUUUUUGCGAUGAUUAUCUUGGUUUUAUCUCUCAUUCUUUUGUUAAUUAAAAGAUUGAAAAUAAUGAGGGAAACUAAAAGGUUCCAUCUUGAACAUUUUCGACAAGUUGCCGAACCAGAAGGAGAGAACGAUCACGAAGAUCAACGACAACCACAUCCAACCUUUGGAGACGGAGCCAACUCCAUAUUUCUAGUGGAAAUUGCAGAUGCUGAUGAGGUUGUUGAAGAUGGUAUGGAAAGGCUGAACGUGGAGUAUACGAAUACGAUAGCCUAUAGAGUACCUGUCGAUGAUUUUGUGAAAUAUCACGGCAUUAGACGUGAAAACCAAAUCAACGAAGAAGAGGAAUUUUCGAAAAUACCAACGGGGCUCAUGGAAUUGUACAAAGUAGCCGUCCAGAAAGAUAAUGUUUCAAAGAACCGCUAUAGAUAUGUUUAUCCUUAUGAUUUUUGCCGAGUUGUCCUCAACACAUCCGGAGAAGAAGGAAGCAAUGAUUAUAUUAAUGCUUGUUAUGUUGAGGGAGUAGAAGUGGAACAUGCUUACAUUGCAGCUCAAGGUCCAUUUACUCCUGAAACGCUAGAUGACUUCUGGAAGAUGGCAUGGCAAGAAAAUAGCUCACGAAUUGUAAUGCUGACAAACUUGUUUGAAGGAGAUACGAUGAAAUGCUUAAAGUACUGGCCGAACGACGUAAUGGAGUUUGGGGAUAUUGUAGUUAGAUUGGAAUCACAAGAAGAAUAUGAAAUGUACACAAUCAGGCAUAUGACUAUGCAUCAGGAUGAUGUAGUUAAGGCGGUGACCCAGUUCCACUUCACAGGCUGGCCUGACCGCGGGGUUCCGGAAACCGUUGACAGUCUCUUGCGUUUCCGAGACUUGGUCAAGAAUGACCGACCUGAGCAAGACGGACCAAUCAUCAUUCAUUGCAGUGCUGGAAUCGGUCGAACUGGUACCUUUAUAGCCCUGGAUUACCUAUUGGACGAAGGAGCAGCAAAGGAAAGUGUUGAUGUCAUCAAUUGUGUUUCUAAACUCAGACAGCAGAGGGCUCAUUCCAUUCAAACCAAAACGCUUUUGGAUCGAGGGACGUCGAUCCGAUUCAACGCUAUGACAAGGUCGUGUUGUGGUACUGGUUCUUUAGAUGACAAGAUUGGAGUCUUUAACAACACAUGGUUAUGUGAAGGGAAAGUUCGAGUUGAUCAAAGUUCGAUGGUAUCAAUGAACGAAGCAUCUGAAGCAAUAGACGGGAACCCUACGACAUAUUCCAGGACAGUUGAUCGUCCAGGACAAAACUGGACUAUUACGUUUGACAACAGCUUCAGAAUUUCCUGCAUAUUAAUUCGAAUCAGAGGAGCUGGCGCACAUAAGAUGUUUUAUUUGUAUGUCAGUGAGAAUGACACGAUCACCAAUAGGACAUUUUGUAAUGAAUUUUCAUUUAGCAAUACUGUUAUCAAUGAAGAGUUAAUUCAGUGUCAAACGCCAAUGCAUGGAAAUAAAAUUAUUCUGCAAAGAGACGGCGAGAUUCAGCUUUUUGAGUUCCGACCAUUUGUUGUUGGUAGUGACGCAGUUUACGAUAUUAUAUCAAACACACAUGGAAACUGCUUUGAAAACCCUCCUAUUAACAACACAACAAUAGACAAUAUUUCAAGGGUAGAAGAAAAAUGUUCGAUCUGUAUUCAUUGGAUAACGCAACUUUGUGAAGAUUUAAGGAAUACAAUACCCAUAGAAGACCCUUCUUCCAAUAUUGAAACAAAUUCGACACCCACAGAUGAAAACGAAAUUGCAAUUGACUCCCGUGACAGUAUAUUCAGUGUAUUUGGUCCUCUUUGGAUUUGUAUGGUCUCUUUAGGAGGUUUCGUGGUCCUCCUGGUUCCAGCAGUUUUGAUCAGAAUAAAAUCAAAGAAGCAGAAGGGACCGGAAAACUAUGAUAUCAUUCCACUUCAAGAAAUACACCAGAACCAAAAUGACCUAUCAGGAAUCGAUUCAGUAUUAAACGAAGAGGAAAGAGUCUAUUCUAAUAUUUCGUCUCAUCGCAUCCCAAUUGACACGUUCAUUAACCAAGUGGAACGGAAGAAAAUUUGCAAUCAGUUCUCUGAUGAAUUUCAGUCCCUUUCUAAUGAUGCCUGCGAUUUUAUUGCAACAGCCUCACUUAGAGAAGAUGACUACACAAGAUUGAAUUUAGACAACAAAGAUUCAUCAAACAGACUCAAUAAAUUUAGCGCUUCCUUCAUUGAUGGCUGUAAUAAAAAGAGAGCAUAUAUUGCUGCACAAGGUCCAUCCUCAUCGUCGUCUAUUAACGACUUCUGGGAAAUGAUUUGGGAAAACAAUUGUACCAGAGUAGUGAAUUUAACCAAUGACAGCUGCAGCGAAAUGGAUUCUAGUGUAAGAUACUGGCCAAGCACGGACAACCAAAUUGGUUCAUUUUUUAUAAACAUAGAGAGACAUGAUGUUUACGAACAUUACAUUAUCAGACAGAUGCUGGUGAAGAAAGUAAGUGUCAUUCAGGGUGCUGACCGAGAGAAAACUAUGAUGAGGAUUCUAGUAGAAAAACACAUACUUCUGAUUCCUUAUCUGUUGGUGAUAGAGAGCUUCAGAAUGCAGGACAUUGUUAAAAACGUAACACUUUUUAAUGGAACAAGUUUCGACAUACUGAGGAAGGCGAUUGAUAAAGAUCACUUCACCUAUGCCCAGGUAGAAGAAGGGGUACCUCUGAGCAUCAUCUUUAAUCAGAGAGCAACUUUUUCUUGCUUUUACAUGGAAGCUAGAGGAGGUGAUUAUGAAAUUUACAUCAGUAAAGACGCAAAACGUAUCGGGACACUUUGCAGAUCUUUAAGUAUAACUCAAGAUAUCGUGUCACCUCACACCUACAGAUUUUGCUGCAGCUAUGAUAUGGAUGGGGAGAUGUUAACGGUUAUGAGAACAGACAAAGGAUCUUUAAGGCUGUUUGAAAUUGAAACACAAGAAUGCAACGAACAUAUGACUGUUCUAAAGAAUUGCAGCGGAUGUAGCGGAGUAUGUAAUGAGUGUUUACAAGUAGAUGACAAGUGUAUAUCUUGCACAGAGAAUCCAACUGCAGAGGAAUGCAGUUACUUCUGUGUUAAGGACUGUGUUCCUGGAAAGUGCAGAAAAAAUAAGACAUGCUCAUUGUGCAAACCCGGGUAUUAUGGUGCUAAAUGCCAAAAAUGUCCAAAUGGAACAUUGUGUGGUGAAGACUGUCUCGAAAAUGGUGAAUGUCUAGGUCACUGUGAUGAAGGUUGGUUUGGGCCCGACUGUGAUAAAAAAUGUUCAAGUCCCUGUAGGAAUUGCUUGCUGUCUGCCGACAAUUGUACCCAAUGCUAUUAUGGAAUUCCUCCUCAUUGCCGCAGUGAAAAAUUUACUUCUGAUGAUGCGAUGACAAUGAUGGUUGCAGGAGGGGGAGGACUACUAAUACUAACGUUUUUAUUCAUUUGCUUCCUUAACAUAAUCAGACGCUUGUGUGUCACACCGCCUAUUCAUUCCUAUGGUUUUAUUGAGACCCAGGACAAUGAAAUGAUGCCUCUACCACAUUCUCACCAGUACACAGAUCCAGAACCACCAGACGAUUACAUGAACACCUCACACCGACUCUCCAUUGACGAGUUCCUUCUCCGGGUUCCACAUAAAAAGCUGAACCAUGGACUUUUAAGGGAAUUCAAGGCAUACAUAUUUCUGUAA